CAAGUAGUGGAGUUCUGUAUUUCAGUAGCAAGGUUAAGAUUCUUGGCAACUGGAAUUUUAACCAAUCAUUAUGGAGCGAUCGAUGUUCUUUUGAGUUCUUGAAUCUCUCAGCCAAUYUGACCAAUGCGAUUUAUGAAACAAUGACUCGACACGGAUUUGCUGGAAMUGUCCGACAACUGCAAUUUCUUCACUUUCUGCCCGAUGGCUCAGCGAACUUUUCAGGACAAGUAGAUCGCAAUGUCAGUACUCAAGUUGGGGAUGUGUUCAACAGUACUUUACGAACUGGCAUACUUGGUAAUGUGAAGGUUGAACCAUAUCAUUUGGAGUAUCAGGAGCAUCUAUCAGGCUUUUCUUUGGUGACUUGCAAACAUGAUUCAAGUGGGUCGAUCGUCUAUUUUACCAGUACCAUUCAAAUAACUAAUCURAACAUCGGGAAUUACAACGAGUCUGGUUUGACCGAUCGAUGUUCUUCCAGGUUUUUGAGUCUCUCGACUAAACUGAUUCAAGCAAUUCUUGAAAUAAUGAAUGGUCACGGAUUUCUGGGGAAACUUCGAGAUUUACAUGUCGUUCAGUUUCGGUCGGAUGGCUCAGCGAUUUUUUCAGGAGAAGUCGAUCGAAAUGUCAGUCAUCAAGCUGGGAAAGUGUUCAACAGUUCUAUACAAAGUGGCRCRCUUGGCAACUUUACUGUCUMUCCAGGUUCUUUGGUYUAUCAGGAACAUUCCUCAGCUUUACCUACUGUGUUGUGCAACAAUAGYUCAAAAAAGAACGUUUCAAAAGUGUCAAUCUACUGCUCGCUCAAGAUUACCUCUGUUGCCUUCAGCGUGGCAUUGUUGAACAAGGCAUCAAGCGAAUACCAGGAGCUGUCCAUUCAAAUCAUAAGCUGGAUGACGAAUUUGUAUAACGCAGAAUGGGGAGUCACUUUCUCGAAAGGUAGUGUCGUUGCCAAACUCUCAGCAAAUGUUGCCCAAGAUUCCUCUAACGAAGUUCAAGACAACUUCAAAAGUGCCGUAAAGCAGGGAAACCUUGGAAAUUUAACAGUCGACCCAAACUCAGCAGUCACGUCCGGAAAUAUAAGUGAUGAUUCAGCAUGCCCCGUGCCUACUGUCUCCGUCAAUCCAAUAUCAACAAUGAGUAAUCCACGGGACGCAAAACGCUCUCAGUCUGUUACUCUCACAGGCAUCAUACCUAAACUAGAUUGCGAUGGACCAAAUGUAGUUUACAGUUUUAAAUGGACUUCAACCAAGCUAGACAGCCAAGGAAAAGCCAAUGGACCUGAAAAGACGUUGAAUAACCAGACAGCACAGUUAUAUUUAGGGGGAAACUCUUUAGACUACGGSCUGCAUAUGAUUUCUUUUUAUGUAACGAGAAAGAGUGUUACAACAGAAACAGUUUGGAGCUAUGGUAUUAUUAAUGUGAAUCSCUCGCCACUGGUCGCAAGUAUUGCAGGCGGUAGUGCUGUCACCAAAGGAUUCACACAUCCUUUCACUCUUGAUGCUUCAAAUUCGCAUGACCCGGAUGUUUCUGGGGUCCAUAAGAAUGAUGGGAUAUCGUUCACGUGGUUAUGUCGUAAGGUUGGCGAAGUGUGGCCUAAUAAAGACCUAAACGCAUUGCCAGUUAUUUCACUCACCCCUGGAGGUGGUUCGGGAUGUUUUGGUACAGGUAUUGGAAAGCUACCGCCUCAGUCAACAMCGCAAAAGAUAACAAUUGAAGGUGGACUUCUUGGCGUUCAGAAAMGUUAUGAGUUUGUUGUUCUGUUGAGUAAAGGUGAAAGAAAAAUCCAAGCAAGUCAGAUAGUAAAUAUAGUGAAUGGUGAUCCACCAAACACACAGAUAAGAUGUAAUGCUAACUGCCAAUCAAGUGCCGUCAACCCAUCGUCAAAGCUAAGCUUAGAAGUCACGUGUCAAGAUGGGUGCAAUAGUGAAACUGCUUAUUCAUGGUCAAUGGAGAUAAAGAUUGAUCUCAUCUGGAAGAAAAUAGAAGGAUURACGACAUUAAUAUCAACCAAACAGACUUCUCCAGGGUUUGUUGUUCUGCCAAGCAAACUCGAAGGUGGAAGYUCAUAUCGUACUWAUGUUGAAGUAUCUACACCGGGGCGUACAAAGACGUCAAACGAAUAUAUGUUUGUUACCAAUUCUCCUCCUUAUGGUGGAAACUGUUCGACUUCUACUCARAAAGGCGAAUCUUUAGUUACAGAUUUCAAGUUAAAUUGCAUCGGUUGGAUUGAUGGACAAAUGCCUUUGAGUUAUGAGUUUAGAUACCAAAAACCGGACGGURCUUACGGAAUACUUUAUCAUGGAUCGGAAUCAUCGGCGACAGUUAAGCUCCCAGCAGGACUCGCUAGUCAAGACUACAACAUGGAUAUUGAAGUCUUSAUUUCGGAUUCGUUUGGGGCUUCAAAUUCUACAAGCAUAAGUGUGAAGGUUUUACCUAAGCAAGUUCAGGAGAACUCCACCCUAGACAGCACCUURCAGAGUCUUACAGUUGGGARAUCGAGCGACAUGGCAAAGCUGUUAAGGACUGGUGAUAUUGAUAGUGCUACUCAAAUAGCRAACGGUGCUCUGGACCUUAUGGAUUCUCCAGGACAGACGGAUGAUAAUGCAACGCUGACGAUAGUCACUAAACAGCAGAUUGUGACAUCCAUUAUAGACCAAAUGCAAGGAAUAAAAGUUCAAACCAUACAGACGUUAACACAAAUUUCAUCAGUCCUUGCCUCGGCAACAAAAAAUGACGAAAUCUUGACUCAAGAAUCUCAGAGCGCGUCUAUGUUGGCUUUUAAAAAUUUGGCAGACGUGCUAGUAUCGAAAUCUAAGAAURAUGAAGAACAAUCUAGUGACCUCGACAAGGGAGGACAAAAUAUGUUAUAUGGUAUCAGCAACAUCUGGAAUGCAGCAUCGAAAGAUGCAAAAAUUGAAUCGACCGGCGAUAAACAGCAAAACGUAACCAACUCUACGACAUCGGACAAAAAAAAGAGCGUAAUUCGUGCAAAGGAGUGUGAAAGGCUUGUGAAGGUGGUCGCAGCUUCGAUUCAAUCGCGCAUGACACCUGGUGAAGAACCAGCAGUCUUCAAGACAUCWUUCAUGUCAUUGGUUCUCGCUAGAAGUAAGAUUGUGGAUCUGGGWAACUCAACAAUAUCAGAGGGAGACAGUAGAUUUGACCUGCCAUCAGCCGAGGACAUGUUUGGUGGGRAUAAGAUGGAUACCUUAUCAACUGUGGACACACAGAUGGUGCUGACACUUAAGAAUACAUACACGUGGGAUACAACAAGUAAACRUGUUUCAUCGUUUGUAGUCAGUCUUUCUCUCAUGGAUAAAGCUGGGAGUGACAUCAAUAUCACUAAUCUGCYAUCUCCAAUAGCAAUGACAAUCCCUCGUGGCAACGACUCCGACAAGACUCCACCAAAAGAACAGACUUUCUUGAAACCAAGUUUUGGAGACAAGAUGCAGUAUAGACGAUUAAGCGUUGAUAUUCCUGGUUCUGCUCUCCAUAUGAAUAUUGGAUUAGAUUCAAAGGGAGUCACAGUUAGUGUGUUUGUAAAACUAGGAGAAAGACCAACAAAUGGCAAAUAUGAUUUCAAGACGCAGGUGCCUGAUUUAUCAGCACGUGACCCUUACGCCAUCAAUAUUCCAGGAUCUGUGUUYARCAKCAAAGGAGUUUACCUCGUAGGGCUAGUUUAUCAAAAAAGUGUAGUUACUCAAAGACGUGUCAGGAGGUCUUGUGAGGGACAUGGAAGACAAAAACGAUCCUGCGUAGAAAUUCGAGAUCCUCCYACCACUCCUUCCCCACAGAAUAUCACUAUAAAGCCURUMUAUGAUCCUAACCGUGAUUUGAAUGUAUCGAUAAGUACAUCCAUGUCCAGYUGUCUAUAUUGGUCAAAAUYACUUCAAAAAUGGACAUCUGAAGGUUGUCAGGUAAGAGUUACAUUUGUAUAAUCAAUGAUCUUUCAAUAUAUCCAUGUGUAUUGUAAAACAUAGCUUCUCCAACGUAAUGAAUCUAGGAAUGCUUCAGAGAUUGUAGCUAUGACUAUCGAUCCAAAAUCCCCAAAGUGACCGCACAACAUCGAUAGAAGAUAACACUAGCUACACUGAAUGAGUAGUGUGUUCUUAGACAGAAUAAAAAUUGACUUUCUUUAUCUUAUUCGCUUUACA